AUGUACAAGUAUACAUUUACCUAUGCAAAAAAUCGAGAUCAAAAAUGCAUGGAAAUGGAGACAGCUGCCGUGUUAUGGACCAUGUUGUUAGGGGAACGCUUUCCAAUGGUUCAUGAAUUUGUAGCUUUUUUGCAGGAAAAGAAACCUGUCAGGGUGAUAAAUCGAGAUCAGUGGCAAAGUUUUUUGGAGUUUGCUGCUAGCGAUAUUUCCAACUAUGACGAGUCUUCUGCCUGGCCUGUUUUAUUCGACGAGUUUGUUGAUUGGAAAAGAGGACACUAA